AUGGAUAAGGAAUGGAUGCAUCUGCCUUCAAGGCUUGUACCCGAGUAUGAAGAAGGGGUAAAAAAAUUUAUUGCACAAGCUAGGAACUAUGCAAAAACACGUGAAGUAAUUUUAUGUCCUUGCAAGCGUUGUAAAAAUAAAAAGUAUAUGAAAUUUGACCAAGUGUAUGACCACUUAAUUAUUAAGGGGUUUGAUCCUACUUACACUACUUGGGUCUUCCAUGGGGAAACUUAUAACUCACAAUCUCAAGAUGAAGGUAGUUCAAAAGGAGUUCAAAAAGAGGAUGAAUGUAGAGAGGCAUAUCACUUAUAUAAGGAUGUUUUGGUGCCAGAAGAAAUGGUUGGACACACUAUGUCUGGGGAAAAAGAUUAUGAGUUUGAUGAUUUAUUAAAAGAUGCAGAAACACCUCUCUUUCCUGGUUGUACAGCUUAUACAAAGUUGUCGGCAGUCGUCACACUAUAUAAUUACAAGUCUACUAAUGGUCACACCGACAAUAGUUUCAAUGAGCUCCUUAAGAUCUUAGGUGACAUGCUUCCAGAAAACAAUACACUUCCAGAAACUUGUGGUUCCUCAAGAUGGAAGAUAGACAAAGUCACCACCAAAGUUUCUAAAGGAGUUCCUGAGAAGGUCCUACGAUAUUUUCCAGUGAUACCAAGAUUCAAAAGGAUGUUUAAAUCAAAAGAAAAGGCUGAAGAGUUGAUUUGGCACUCGAACCACAAAAGUCAAGAUCAUAUGAUGCGUCAUCCAGUUGAUUCAGUGGCUUGGCAUACAAUAGAUCAUAAGUGGCCAGAUUUUGCAUCAGAUCCUAGAAAUCUCCGCCUUGGUCUUGCGACAGAUGGAUUCAAUCCUUUUGGUGACCUUAGUUCCAGAUAUAGUUGUUGGCCAGUUAUUUUGGUCAAUUAUAACCUUCCUCCAUUGAUGUGCAUGACAAAGGAAAAUCUUAUGCUGACAUUACUGAUUCCAGGUCCAAAGCAACCGGGAAAUGAUAUAGAUGUAUACUUGGAACCCCUUGUGGAGGAUUUAAAGGAGUUGUGGGACACAGGUGUGGAGGCAUAUGAUGCAUUUAGCAAGUCAAUAUUCAACCUGAAGGUUAUUUUGAUGUGGACAAUCAAUGAUUUUCCAGUUUACGGAAAUCUAGCUGGAUGUGCCACAAAAGGAAAAUUUGGUUGCCCAAUAUGUGGUGAAGACACAUGUUCUAUGUGGCUUAAAUAUAGUAGAAAGUUUGCAUACUUAGGCCACAGGAGAUUUCUUUCUCCUAAUCAUCCAUUUCGUCAGAAAAAAAAGUGGUUUAAUGGGGAAAAGGAGAGUAAAGGGAAACCUAGACUUUUGAAUGGGUUAGAAAUUAUCAAUGUAUUGAAAGAUAUUGAAAAUGACUGGGGUAAAAAGAAAAAGGGUGAGACUGUCAACACUUUGAGGAAAAAGAGGAAGAAACAUGAGAGUUCAAAAGUGGUACAAAAACCAGUUCAAAGGUGGAAGAAAAAGUCAAUUUUUUUCAAUCUACCAUAUUGGAGUGGCCUCUUACUACGUCAUAACUUAGAUGUGAUGCAUGUUGAAAAGAAUGUUUGCGAGAAUAUCAUAGGCACAUUGUUAAACUUGAAGACAAAAUCCAAAGAUGGUGUGAAUGCUCGCAAAGAUUUGGUACACUUAAAAAUUAGACAAGAAUUACAUCCUCAAGAAAAAGGAGAAAAUAAAUAUCAUUUGCCCGCUGCACCAUACACAUUAUCUAGAAAAGAAAUGGAUGUGUUUUGCUCUAGGUUGAAGAAAAUAAAGUUACCCGAUGGAUAUAGUUCAAAUAUUGAUAACUGUGUUUUUGUAGAAGAUCAUAAUAUUAUUGGGCUGAAAUCUCAUGAUUGUCAUAUUCUAAUGCAACAAUUGCUAUCAGUAGCAUUGAGAAAUCUUCUACCGAAAGGUCCACGUAAUGCUAUAUUUAUGUUGGGUGCAUUUUACAAUGAAUUAUGUCAAAGAGUAUUAGACCGGAACCGUUUAGAACAACUCGAGGAGAAUAUUGCUGAAAUUCUAUGCAUGUUGGAAAGAUUUAUGAAAACACUAAAAGGGUAUGUGAAGAACCGGGCAAGACCAGAAGGAUGCAUAGCUGAGUGUUACCGCGCAGAAGAACGAAUGAUAUUUUGUAGUGCUUAUAUAAAAAAGGCUUAUAGUAUUGGUGUUCGUUCUAAUAGGAAUGAUGAUUUGGAAGAUGGAUUAUUAGAAGGUCGCCCAAUUUCUAAAGGGAAAGAAAAGAUUUUAGAGGACCACGUGUUGCAAGCUGCACAUCGAUAUAUAUUAUUCAAUAGUGCAGAAGUUGAACCUUACUUACAGAUGCACAUUGACGAGCUUAAACAAACAAAUCAUCGUUUCUCAAGUAAUGAAACAUUGUUACAAAAGAAACAUAUGGAAACAUUUGCCGAAUGGUUAUCAAAACAGGUUUCUGUUAACUCUUCAGGUCGAAUUCAAUGGCUAGCACAUGGUCCUAGAAAGCACGUUACAUCUUAUACAGGAUAUAUUGUAAAUGGAUAUCGGUUCCACACAAUUGAUGUUAGAAGGUCGACACAAGAUAGUGGUGUUUCAAUUGAAGUCGAUACUAUUUAUCAAUCUAAUACUAAUGACAAUUCACAUACAGUAGGAAGAUUAUCAUACUAUGGAGUUAUUCGAGAUAUUAUUUUGCUAGAUUACUAUUCUUUUAAAGUGCCUGUUUUUAGAUGUGAUUGGGCCAAUCCUGGAACUGGUAUCAAAAUUGAAGAUGGUUUUACACUGGUCAACUUACAUCAAGGACUAAAAACUUUUGAAACGCCGCCUCGAGGUAUUCAUAACAUGAACGUGCUUGAAGAAGAUGCUUAUACGUCAUCAACACCUCUUGAUGUAUCCCAACUUGAGAUUAACAUUACUGAGAAAGAACCGUACUCAAGGAAUGAGUGUGAGGGAAUUGAUGUGAUUGAGACAUGA